AUGCCCUGGGCGAAGGAGCGCAUCGCCGAGGCGCAGGCGGCGCUCGACGCGACGGGCAACCUCGAGGACCCCGCGGUCAUCGAGGCGCUCCUCAACGUGGAGAAGAAGUGCCGCCUGUCGAACGACAGCAUCGCGACGAAGCUCGUCGCGGCGACGAUCCUCCAGAUGUGCCGCGCGAAGCGGGCCUGGGCGACGCACAUCGCGCGACCCCGCGCCCGUCGCGCCGCGCGCGCGCGCGCGCGCCGACGCGAAGACCCCCCGCAGGCGCACUGCACGCUCCUCGCGAAGCGGCGGUCCCAGUCCAAGGCGGCCAUCGGCGGCAUCGUCGCCGAGGGCCUGGCCGUGCUCGAGGCCGAGCCCGCGGAGAUGACGGACCUCGCGGACCGCGAGGCGCUGCUCAAGGCGCUCUGCGAGAUCACGGACGGCAAGAUGUACUGCGAGGGCGAGCGGGCGAAGCUGACGCGCAUGCUAAGCGCGCUGAAGGAGGCCGCGGGCGCCGUCGGCGAGGCGGCCGACAUCCUCCAGGGCGUGAACGUCGAGACGUACGGGUCCCUGUCGAAGCGGGAGAAGGUGGACUACAUCCUCGACCAGGUGCGCCUCAUGCUGGCCAAGGGCGACCGCGUGCGCGCCUACAUCCUGUCC